CUCUUAAAAUGCCACUGGCUUGGUAUGUGUGCACCGCCGCCGCAUUAUUUCGAUAUGCCCGCCCAUCAAAUCUCGAUGCCCUCGUGAACAAAAUCGGAAUUAAUGCCUGCGCGGCACACCCCGGUACAUGUAUCCGCCGUUCAGCGAAAUUUAAAUUUGUGUAUAUAAUAUUGCGUGUACCCGAAUAUGCACAUGUACGUUUCGCGCACCCUCCACACGCGCGUGGCGACCAACGCUCCGAAAUUCCCUCCUCGUUUGCACGACCAUGCGUGUGAACAAACUCGGGGAAAAAAAAACAAUAAAUAAAUAAAUGAACGACGGGCGCGACGACAACCCGACGAUUUACACUUUCGUUUUCUGUAAUUUACGCUUUCAUUUUUCUCGCACUUUUUCACUCGUUACUCGCGUUUACCGGCGCGUUUAUCGGAACAACGAACGCGCUGCAACUGCAAUUUAACCGACGACUCAUCAUGUUCCACCGUGGAGUGCUUGAUUAAAAAAAAAAAUUAUAAUAAUGAUAACAAUAAUAACAAAAAAAAAACCGCAAAAUUAAGUGAAUGAUACGCAUAAAAAAAAUUUUGAAACUGAAUGAUAAAACGAAUUCGAUCUCACUGCCGUACAUGUACCUGGAUGCUCCUGGAGGACACGCUUCACGCGUGUCUCCUUUUGAUCUGGUGCCUUCUCCACUGAAUUCAACCGACUGUGGUAAUGAACGAUCACCAAAAAAAAAAAAAACUACCGAUACUACUUGAAAAAAAAAAACCGUUCGAACACUGCCUCGUUUGCUGCAUGUGGAUCGCCUUAGCAGCCUUAGCCACUGUCGGGGCCCAAAUGGUCCCCCAAAACGCUCACUGUGUCGUCUACACAGACAGCUGCGGACAGUUACUGGACACCCUCCCGGUGUGCCAAGAUUUUAAUCGACAAGUGUGCAACCGUCCCGCCUGCAAGUUUAUUCAUCUCAGUGAUGGAAACGUGGAGGUGAUCGAGAACCGCGUAACGGUGUGCAGGGACGCAGUAAAGGGCGCGUGCAUGCGACCUCAGUGUAAAUAUUACCACAUACCGGUCGCGUUGCCGCCGGCGCCUCUGAUGGCGAUCGCAUCGUCUGCCUCGCCCUAGGGGGCUGCUUGCUUCCGCCAGCGGCCAAGGCAUUGGCACCGCGCGGGGUAACGAGGAAGAGGAAGAACUCGAUAGGCUUGCGCGAACACGCAUCACCCCCGUACACGUCGGGAUUGUGCGUCGGCAUCGAACGGCGGCGAACAAAGCGGGCGAAGAGAAGAAACGGAGGCGCCGAGCGGGCGAGGAACGUCAUCGAUUCUCGUCGUCGAUUCGAUUUAGCUUCAACAGCACGUCGAUACUCCGCCUCGACGCUCCUCUCUCCGAUGCUACACGCUCAUAAUGCACACGCACGUUCAGGUGACAGGGGAGGGAAAUAGCGCGCGGCACAGGAAGAACGAGGGACGGAGAGAAAGACGGCGCCGAAGAGGUUUCCGUCGGUCGGCGUCGAGUCGGAAACGGGGAAGGAAGAAAACGUGUAAGCCCGAAAGUUCUUCUUGUACGUAAAAAAAAAAAAAGAGAGAGAUAGAGGGAGAGAUUGUUGCCGACAGAGAAGACUGAGGAUCGAGGAAAGGCGCGGGCAGGUGAUCGGGAUCGCUGAAGGCUCCGAAUCGUGAAGGUUGAAAAGUGCAGCGGUCCGCCGAAUCGUCGAAGUAUUCAUUACGAGCUAGUAGGCAAAGUCUUCCUUAACGUCUUUUUUCUCUCUUUCGAUUUAUAUUUGGCUUCCCAGUGGUCGUCGUAGCACAGGCAAAGCUCGAGACGGUUCGGAAACCGGUGCGGCGUUUCAAAACCUUCGCGAUAUCCUUUUUUUUUCUUCCGCUCGUCAACCCCGCUUGUCGAGCCGGGGUGUCGAGUGUCGAAGAGCAUCGACGGGAAAACAACGGCAACGCUUUGGGGUCCCAAUGGGGGAACGGAACAUCAAACUUGAAUACGUCGGGACACGUUGCUCUCGCGAUCGCGAGCGAGUUAGCGAACAAUGACCCGCGGUUCGGCGUCGUUCAAGUUUCUACGACUUCUGCGUCGUUGGCGAAGUCGCGCCGGCCACGCUCCUUCCUCGGUCUUCAUCAGUAAUCGAUAAAUGGUAACGAUAAGUUUUCUCGGGGGCGGCAAAAUACAGCUGGGGAGAAAUAAUUUUCAUUCUGGAAUCUUGCUUUUUAUCACGCCGAUGUUUCGAAUACAAUUACUUUUCGUCUUACAACUUGAAAAGCGAAAGAAACGAGAUGUCGCGUACGAGACGCGGUUCUUCCUCGUCUCUUUUCCGCCGUGAAGUGAAAUAAUUGUUUUAUUUUUUAAAGCUAUUAAUCGAGAUAUUUUUUUUUGUAACAGACUGUAUAUUCCACGCUCGAGAACGUUCGUCCACACACGAUUUUCUUCCUCUUCCCGAUUUGCCGCGUGCAUUCAGUGUCUUCUUUCGCCGUGACGCGUGAUGCACGUUCGCGCAACGCGAGACAUGUUUGUAAGAAAAACCGGAGAGAGUUCGUCUUGAAAUAUUGUUCUAUAAAGGCGUAUUAAUAUUAUACAUAUAAUUAUAUAUAAUUAUAUAUUUACGCCAGAUUCCGACGUAAAGAGAGAAAUCGUAACCUUUUAUCACAUAAGUAGACUAGCUAGGGGCCGCGAAUCAGCGCGAAAUGAAACAAAUGAUUCGAAGAACACUGAUCCUGAGAGGAAGGAGAGAAAACGUAUAUAUAAUACAAAAUAUAUAACGACGAUAAAUAUCACUGAGAUGGUGAGAGAAUUUACACGAGAUAUGAUAUAACGCGGCGAACGCAUAACGAAGUUUUUUAUACUCGUAUAUAACACAAAUCUCAAUUAUAUUUUGUUUUUAUGAUAAUAAUGUAAACGCCUGUGUGUAUAUACGUACGAGGAGAGGCAUGUAUAUGUAUAUGUAUGCAUAUGCGAGAGGGUGUAACGAUUUCGCUCGAAGGGGAGCAUAAUAGUUAUCGGCGGAUUGAUUGGCGACAAUUAGUUGAGCGGAGCGAAGUAAUGGUCGGAAAUGGGAAACGUCGGAGUUUCAGAAACUGCGAAGCGAUCGAUUCUCUCUCGUACGAGAGGAACAGGAAGCCUUAGAACGUGGUUUACGCCGGCUAUUUGACUUUCGACCGUCUUACUUGAUUCGCGAGAAACGAGCAAACGCCGAAAAUCGCACAUUCUAUAGGCUGGUAAACACUAAUUAAUUACUACACUACGACAAAUGUAUAUGACAAAUUUAUAUGCAUACGAUAAGAAAUUAUAUUUAAUUAAAGAUAGACUUUCAGAAGGAGUUGGGAGUUGCAAAACAAGAGCGAUCGCGACAGGAGAAUAUCGCGAGGUAAUUCUUGGUAACGAACGAAAGCUGCCGAGAGAAAGACGAGAGAGGAAUCGUUUUAUAUCUGCUCUUCGAAACAAAUGAAAAAAAAGAAACAAUCGAUCUGUUGGAUCGCGUGUAUAGGUUUACACGAUCGGUAGGGAAUAAGUUUAUACGUUGUUUCAGUCUUCGUAAAUGCGCGACCCUUCGUUAAUACUUUAAUUGUUGCGUUAAUAUCCUUUAAUCUUAAUAAUUAUUCAUUUCCCGUGAAGGACCCCCCUCCAUCGAUCGAGUCUUUCGUCAUUAAAUGCAUUCUUCAUAACUCUUUCUCGUGCACGCUUAAUUACAUAUUCAAAGCUAUUCUCUACACGAUUACGCGUGCACUCUGCAUAAAUACAUAUAUAUAUAUAUAUAUUCGCGUUUGCGAAUUUCUUUUCACACACAUACAUACACAUACACAUAUACACAGUUAAAAAUUUAAACGAUACAUUCUCGCGUCCAGAAAAAAAAUAUUCCGAACAAUAUUUUUUUACAAGGUAUACAUAUAUACGUCGAAAAUAUUAAUGUUAAGGCACGCUUGCGCGUUAAUAAGACCUAAUUUUCUUGAAAGUGUCUCACGGACUGGUUGCUCCCUAGAACUUGUUCUGGAGAGCGACUCUCGGAAUCUAAUCUCCAAGUCUGCGACCAGCCUGAGACUUUGAAAAUUUCACCAUAUAUGCUAACACUUACAAAUACGUGGCAAUGCUUGAAAGACAUUUUACCGUCCAGGAGAGGCUUACACCAACUUUCCCGACCAACGACACGAUAUGAUCUAUCGAAUAUUCAUACCGAAAUAUAUUGCGAAAUGAAAAAUGCACUUUUGAACUAGUCAUGAUGAUGGGACAGGAUCCUUCACGAACUUCCCUUUUUGUAUUAUCAUAGAUACAUUAUAUUCUUUAAAUUUUUAAUCUAGUUAAUGCAUUAAUCGUUUAAUCGAUCACUUUGACGAUAGUAUAAUUAUUUAAACGAAAUUUAGGAAUAUAACAAAGUACUCUAACGACAAAGUAAGUAUAAGCCUACGGAUAUAAUAAAUAAAAAACAUUAAACAAGUGAUUAAAGAGUUAAGCAAGUAAAUGUUCCUGUACAGCAUUUAAGAAUCAAAGGACACUCUUAUCAAAGCAAAAAGAAAAAACAGAUUAUACACCUUUGGUAUUAGAAGGGAAAGAUCCGAGGCUGCCAAUAGGCGCGAAUAUAGCUGGAAGUUCAACUUUGUAAAUUACUCGUGUAUAUAAAAAAAAAAUAGUAUUAUUGCGUGAGAAGUAAACUCUCGAGAUUUUUAGAGUAGGCAGAAUUAAAAGUACUGAAGAUUCUAGAAAACGUCAUCGGUAUUCAAGUCGUUCGUUAAACAAAUCUGCGGACGAGCGGAGAGGGCGUGUUUUAUACGCGUGUUACAGUAAUUCAUUUUGUAACUUACAUGUACUCCUUUGCGAUGAACCGUUUAAAUCUUAGCGUUGAUCCUUCUCAAAUGUUUUCUUCCCUUUAUUGAUAUACUUCUCUCUCGGCACUGUGAUUCUAGUCAUGUGUUCGAAAUCAUUAAUAAUACUUUCUUCUUUUUUAAUAUUGUCGCUUCUUAAUAUUCACGAUGAGAUUCAUAAUUUUCGUCAUUUCGAAAAUUACGUUCGUAAUUUUCGUUCACUUUUCCAUCUUUAAAGUGUCAUUGCAAUAGGUACCGCUAUAUAAGCGCAAUUCAAGAGGGAUAUACAUGUAAAUUCAUCGAAACGAAUGGGGAAAAGACAUAGGAAUGAGUUCCUCCGUGCCCAUACUUAGUAUGUAUAUAGAUUUAAUUAGAUACGCAUAGGAAGAGAGAGAAAGAAAAAGAGAGAGAAAGAUACAUACGUUAUAUUAUAUAAAAUUAAGUACAAUAAUCUAUGAAUGUCCAUUUAAGUGAUUCAAUGACACCACGAAGAGGAGAGCGAAAUAUUUUCAAUUGUGAUUCCACUUAGAGUAUACUCGAUAUUUUCUCUUAGAGACCCGGGGGCCCUCCGCACUCCUCGUCUUCGGGAUAUUUCUUCUUCUUCUACUUCUUCUUUGGUAUCGGUAAACCGCAAUUAAAGAUCCGUUUACUACGUCUUUGUAUGGAAAGAGACACCAAGAGCAGGAACGAUAUUCAGAUUCGUCCCACUCGCUGCCAGCCGCUCAGCCUGUUUAGACGAGCAAAGUCCUUCGAGAAGUUAUCGACAACUCCUCCUUUCGUGUCGUCUCGCGAUGGUACGGUUCGUUAAAGCUCAGGUAUGCCCUGAUCCCGACGCGCUCGAGAACGAGAGAAACGACCGGGAUGCCUUCGGCUUAUUUUCGAACGGAUUUUCCUCUCUAAUCGCUAAACGAUGAAUUAGUUUUAGGUAAACGAAAACGGUCACAUACAGAUAACGCAUCUAAGAGCGCGAAAUUAUAACGUCGGACAGUACUACCCGUCUUUCCCUUUAAUACCAAAACCUCUUAGUAAAUACACGAUAUAUAUAUGAAACGAAUAUUAUAAUUAAUAAUAUAAUUAUGCGAACAAAAUGAAAAAGAAACAGAUGGACAAAAAAAACGAAGGAACGAUCGAAGCGCUAUUCCGACUUACGGAUGCAAAUACCAUGAGAGUCAUUCUAAAAAAAAAAAAAGAAGAAGCGA